AGAUUGAGAAACCAGAAUGCAAAACGUUGCAGAAAGGCAGAAACCCUUCCCUCCUUCGGCCUUCGGCCCUUCCCCGUUCACAUCCCCACUGCGGUGCCGCCACUCUCGCCGGCCCCUUCCCCGUCUUCACUCCGAAAGUCAUCCCAAUACCUCUGUCUUCCACCCCCCACUAAUUAUUUCAAGUAAUUAUUAAUUUUCAGGAUAUGGAUGCCAGCGACAUAGUGGUAUCAUCCAUUCGUACUGGGAUGAAGAGGGAGUUUGCCUUCAUGAUGAAGUCUCAGUCUGAAAUGGGGGGGCUUCCAGCAGGCAGGAGAGUAACAAGGUCCCAGAGAGGCGGUAGUUCCAGUAGAGGCUAUGUGGUAAGUGAUAGUAAGAUGAACAAGAAAAUGAAGGUGUAUGCUUCUAAGAAAUCAAAAGUGACUGAUGAAGAGAAGCCAGAAACAGAGGAUGUCGUAAAGUUGGAGCCAAGUAAUGUUUUGGAUGGUGAUAAUGGGGUGGUGAGGGCUGUAGUUGACAUUGUAUGUGAUAUGGGUGACUGUUCAAGAAACUUAGAGGCUGACUUAGUUAAUGCAAUGGGAUAUGAAGCAGAAGAAAAAUUAGCCGCAAGAAAUUCAGAAGCUGAUUCAGUUGUUGUAGUGGGCAGUGAAGCCGAAGAGAAAGUGGGCGCAAGAAAUAUAGAGGCUGACUCAGUUACUGAAGUGGGAGAUGAAGCAGAAGAGAAAGUGGGCACAGGAAAUACAGAGGUAGACUUAGUUGCAGUAGUGUGCGAUGAAGAAGAGAAAGUGGUUAUUGAUUCUAGGGAAAACAUUAUCCAGCCUUUGUGCACAGAUUUACCUGUGGAUCAGGUUGGAGGUAUCGAUAGAGUUUCUAAUCGUGAAGAUGAUGGAAUACAUAGCAGUGCCUCUGAUUUGGGAUGUGAGAGUACUGCAGAGCGCACAGGCAUGAUGUUUGAAAAGUCACUAAGGAGGUUUACGCGCUCGGCUUUGAAGCUGCAGGAUGGGGCAAUAGAGUUAGGAUCAGAGGCAGGGGCUGUGGAGAGUAUGACUGCAAGUCCUUCAAAGCUUGAAAUGAAAAUGUCAAAAAAGAUUGGAUUGAAUAGAGCUCCCAUGAAGUUAAAGCACCUUCUUCGGACAGGAUUGCUUGAGGGCCUUCAAGUUCGAUAUGUAAAUGGGUCAAAGGGGAGGAGGAGACCAGAAUCUGAACUUCAGGGUGUUAUUAAAGGAACUGGGAUAUUAUGUUCAUGUUAUGAAUGCGAGGGGAAAAAGGUUGUUACUCCUAAUCAAUUUGAACUGCAUGCACGUAGUGGCAAUAAGCGGCCACCGGAGUAUAUAUAUUUGGAGAAUGGAAAAAGUCUGAGAGAUGUGCUUAAUGCAUGCAAGGCCAAUCCUUCAGAUCCGCUGGAAUGUGUUAUCCGGAAUGCAAUUGGCCGUUCAAAUCAUAUAACUGCUAUCUGUCUCAACUGCAGAGAGUUGAUUCCUGAAACUGGUGCUGGUCGAGCAAUGCUUCUUUGUGACUCCUGUGUUCUUCUGAAGGAGCCCGGCCCCAGUCAAACACAUAUCGGUGAUGUCACCGUCAGGUCUCCUUUGGCUGGUUCACCAGCUCCUGCAUCUUCUACUCGCUUGCCUGAAGUUGUAAAUAGUGUUCUAAUUUCUCCAAAUAGUCAACCUCAAGUGAAGAGUCAGGGAAAGCUGACACGGAAGGAUCUGAGAAUGCAUAAAUCUGUUCUAGCAGAAGAUCUGCUUCCUGAUGGUACUGCUUUGUCAUAUGUUAUGCAUGGAAAGAUAAGGCUUGAGGGUUACAAGAAAGAUGGUUUAAUCUUCUGCUUCUGUUGCCAAAAAGUGGUGAGUCCCUCGCAGUUUGAGGCUCAUGCUGGUUUUGCUUCGCGUCGGAAGCCGUACAUGAGUAUAUACACUUCCAAUGGGGUUUCUCUGCAUCAGCUAUCCCUUGAACUAUCUAGAAGUCGUAAAUCAUCUACUGAAGAAAGUGACGAUCUUUGUUCUAUUUGUGAGGAUGGAGGAAAUUUGUUAUGCUGUGAAAAUUGUCCACGAGCAUUCCACUAUGAAUGCGUUGGUCUCCCGAAUGUUCCGCAAGGAAUAUGGUACUGCAAGUACUGCCAGAAUAUGUAUGAAAAGGAAAAAUUUGCAGAGAACAAUGCAAAUGCAAUCGCAGCUGGUAGGGUCCCUGGUGUAGAUCCACUAGAGGACAUCACCAGGAGGUGUAUUCGCAUUGUUGGAAAUUUUGAAAAAUAUAUUGGGGGUGGAUGUGUCAUUUGCAGAGUAGAUGAGUUCAGCAGGUCGGGAUUUAAUGACCACACAGUUAUGAUAUGUGAUCAGUGUGAGAGAGAAUAUCAUGUCAAAUGUCUAAGGGAGCAAGAGAUUGAUGAUUUGAAGGCACUUCCAGAAACUGAAUGGUUCUGCAGCAAAGGCUGUAGCAGUAUUCAUUAUAUCCUUCAGAAGAUGAUUGGUGAUGGUGACCAAACCCUUCCAGAAGCUGUUUUGAACGUCUUGGAGAAGAAAGGUGAUGGGCAAGUUUCAGAGGAGAAUCCUAAGCUUGAUGUGAGAUGGAGGUUGCUCAGAGGAAAAGUCUCUUCAGAGGACACCAGGGUUUGGCUUUCUGGUGCAGUCACUAUUUUUCAUGACCGAUUUGAUCCUAUAGCUGAUGCCAGCACCAGCCGUCUUGACCUUAUUCCAACAAUGGUUUAUGGGAGGAAGUUCAAAGACCAGGAAUUUUAUGGCAUGUAUUGCGCCAUAUUGACAGUUGGUUCUGCAGUAGUAUCUGCCGCCAUAGUGCGAGUUUUUGGGGAGGAAGUAGCAGAGCUCCCUCUAGUUGCAACAAGGAGUGAUUGCCAAGGAAAGGGAUACUUUCAAGCGCUCUUCGCCUGUAUUGAAGAUCUUUUAUUGUCGCUCAACAUCAAGGUUCUGGUGCUUCCUGCAGCAGAUGAAGCAGAAUCACUGUGGAAAAAUAGAUUUGGGUUUGAAAAACUUGAUCAGGAAAAGCUAGAUGAAUACAAGAAGAGUUACCCACUGAUGAUCUUCGAUGGAACUUCAGUUCUGCACAAGUUGAUGUCGAAGAAUCAACUUCUUUUGGAGUGAUUGUUUGAAGAGAUUGUUUUUGCCCUAUACAGGGCAUUGCAAUUAUUUUUGGAUGGUUUUGUUCAUCUUAUAGAAUGUGAAAAUGAUAGAGGUAUACAUAUACCUAGCUAGGCUGCAGCUCAAUUGUGAGUGGUCAGAGUAGUAAAAGUCAUUUCUUUUCUAUCGAAUGCUCUAGUACCAACUUCUUUUGUAAGUUCCAUCUAUUUUUGUCCAACUACAAAUCAUUUUUUUUCUAAUUACCAUCAUCUUUCCAUGUC